UUUUUCGAAGAGGUGCAGAGGCGCCGAAACUUUAACUGAAUGUUUAUCGCCUCCCUGUUUCGUAAAGUAAAUCGAGAUUGAAUAUGAUUUAAUGCAACGAGAAAGCGGUGUUGGCGCUUACGUUAUUAUAUUGUAAAGAAACUCCGUGUAGUCCUAUAAUCUGACCCAGGAUUGACACCAAAGCCGUUCAGUUUAGGGGUACCUCACCGGUAGAUAUAAAGUAGAAGAAAUUUAAUCAUUAUGUGUUUAUUUUCUGUUUGUGUGUGCAUGUGAAUAGUUCACCCAAGAUGACACAGUCUAUUGUAGUGCAAGUGGGACAGUGUGGCAAUCAGGUGGGGUGCAGAUUUUGGGACCUGGCUCUACGGGAACACGCACAUGUAAAUAAAAAAGGGAUUUAUGAUGAAGCCUUAAGUAGUUUCUUUAGGAACGUGGAUACCAGGACAAGUGCCGGAGAAGGUAUUCGUGGAGGAAAAAUCAGUUCUCUAAAAGCUAGGGCUGUUCUCAUUGACAUGGAGGAAGGUGUUGUCAAUGAAAUACUCCAGGGACCACUGAGAGAAGUGUUUGACAGUAAGCAGCUCAUUACAGAUGUCUCAGGAUCCGGCAACAACUGGGCUGUAGGACACAAGGUAUACGGCUGCACUUACCGAGAGCAGAUUGUGGAGAAUCUGAGAAAGGCUGCAGAGCACUGUGACUGCCUGCAGUGCUUCUUUGUUAUACACUCUAUGGGGGGAGGGACUGGGUCUGGUUUGGGGACUUUUGUUCUGAACCUGCUUGAGGAUGAAUUCCCUGAGGUUUACAGGAUAGUCACUUCAGUGUACCCUUCUGCUGAAGACGAUGUCAUCACUUCCCCCUAUAACAGUGUCCUGGCAAUGCGAGAGCUGACCGAGCAUGCAGACUGUGUUCUUCCCAUAGAAAAUCAAUCUUUAGUUGACAUAGUCAACAAAAUUAAGCAGAUGGCCUAUUCAGGAAAGCCUGGAGCUGUAAUUAAACAGGACAGCACCAUCAUUUCUGGCCGCGGAGGAGUCAGUAGUUUGGAGAAGCCUUUUGAUGCCAUGAACAACAUCGUAGCUAAUCUACUGCUAAACUUAACCAGCUCUGCACGUUUUGAGGGGUCCCUCAACAUGGACCUCAAUGAAAUUGCUAUGAACCUUGUUCCAUUUCCACGGCUGCACUACCUGGUACCCAGUUUAACUCCUCUGUACACACUGGCGGAUGUAAAUAUUCCUUCAAGGAGGCUGGAUCAGAUGUUUACUGAUGCUUUCAGUAGAGAUCAUCAGCUGAUCCACGCGGACCCAAAGCACAGCUUAUACUUGGCUUGUGCCCUCAUGGUCCGUGGCAACGUACAAGUGUCUGACCUUAGAAGGAACAUUGAAAGGCUGAAGCCUUCUCUUCAGUUUGUGUCUUGGAACCAAGAAGGCUGGAAGACCGGUCUGUGCUCGGUUCCCCCAGUGGGGCACUCCCAUUCCUUACUGGCCCUGGCCAACAACACCUGCAUCAAGCCAACACUCGUCGAGCUCAAGGACAGGUUCAUGAGGCUCUACAGGAAGAAGGCUCAUCUCCACCACUAUUUAAAUGUAGAUGGGAUGGAGCAGGCUUGUUUCACAGAAGCUGUCUCAUCCUUGACUUCACUGAUAGGGGAAUAUGAACAGCUUGAUGCAACAAAGGGUUUGCUAGCAGCAGAAGCACCGCGACUCAACAUAGCUGUAUAAAUUACUUUUAAUCGAUCCUUUCUAAAUAACAACAUAGGCAAAGGUUUUCAUGCUCUUUUAUUAUAAUAAUGAUCAUAAAUAGGACAUACAUCUAAUUGCACUUUGUUAUAAUAAUCUUUUUGUACAUGUAUGUAAAGUAAUUCAUAUUUUUAAUUCAAUCAAAAAAUGCUCUUUCAAGUGACAUUAUAUUAAACAUAUAUUCUAACAAUGUAAUGAACAUUUAUGUAAAGAAUUAAAAUAUCUGUUUUUUGUGUUAAAUAUUAUGUUGUAGUUCACAUCCAGACUAAUGACACCAUUAGAGUCUAAGAUUCAAAGACCGCUCCAGAAGGGGUAGUAAUAUUUUAAUUAUACAGUAUACUGCUGUAAAUGUUGUUAUCGUUUCCCAAAGAUUACUAUAUAAGCAUUUUGUAAAUGUCCAGGACCAUUUGUACAGAAAGCCAUCAUGGAUAUUCUGCCUAGUUCACUGGUUAGACAAUUGCUCAUCUAUAGCUAUUGGUCAUAAAUAAAAGUAUAAGUGUAUUUUGUAGUGGUAAUAUGAAUACAUAUGGUUGUUGACCACAGGAAGAAAAUGUUUACCUUCACCAAAAUGAGAAGUAGCAGAAAUCUGGGUGCAGAUUAUUGUGUUUCUAUCUAAAAAAGGCUAUGAGAAUAGGCCUAAAUGGACUAUGGACGAAGGACUCUGAGCUAGACAGAUGUCCCGUUUCACAUGAUGAGCAGUUACUUGCUCUCAGUCCCCCCAUGCAGCCUAUACUUAGGAGAUAGGCUCUGAUCUGCCACAGCCCUCCUUGAGGUCUGGCUCAAAUCGAUAACAUAAAACAAACUGCACUAUUAAACGUGUUAUAAGGAAUAACAAAAUUGUUUCAUGCUGUAGCAGUUAUAGUUUUUCUAAAACUGAAUACUAUUUCUUUGUUUAGUGUGGCUCAAGACGUGUAUCAUCUUUAAAAACAAAUAGAAUUGGACAGGAGUUAACAAGCUAAAUAAUUCAAGGACAAUAGUUAAUCUUCCUGUCUCUAGAUUUAGAUUUAUUUGAAAAAUGAUGGGUAAUUGUUCACCAUUUCUGCUAGUUGAAAAUAAUACAGGAAUCUGUGUUGCUUUUGAUGUAAUAUUUAUAGUAAAAGAGUGUGUUUUCAAUUUUGAAUGACUGCUUAUCAAGCGUUUAUAAACAGAAGCUACGCACACCAUUGUUUUGUCCUUAUUUGCACUUUAAAAUCCUGGUUAUAAAAAUGUAACAGUAUAUGUAAUCUAAAGUCAGAGACAAGCAACUUAAACGUUAAAACAACACAUACAUGUAAAAUAAUCCAGGUUAUGUUACCACAUUGCAUCAUGAAAACAAACCAAUCAGAAAAAUACCUUUGUGCUUCAAAUGUCCAUUGAUAUUUUUGUGUUUCAAUGUGUGUUUUCCUGAUGGUGAAUUUGUGGUGACAUAAUCAUUAGCUGUCAUUUGCCAAAGAAUUAUCAGUGCUUCUCCAGCAAAUCAUUUUCUUGUCUACUUUAUCAAAUACUGAAAUACCACCCAGAACUACAAGUGUAGUCAACGCUAUCGGCAAGAAAUUGGGCAUUUGUUUCCAGGACUUUUUUUAUAACACUUUCCAUCUUGAUUAUUGAUAUGUUUU